ACAUAUCGUCAUCAGAGAUACGAAACGAUACGAGAGGUCGGUGGGUCAAUAAAAAUGUAUUUUUACAGUAGAUUUUAGAAGCUCGUCAUGGUUUUUGCUCUUUGCCUUUUCAAGUUAAUAAGUUAUGGCUUCGAUUGAACGCAUUUCCCCUUGAAUGUUUAAGACUGACGGUAGGGGAAAUAACGUUAUAUAAUAGAUUACCAAGUUGAAUGUCACAGAGCAAAUUCCAUGUCAAAUACCAAACUAACCAGGGAUAGAAGUAAUGCAUGUCUAAAGAGGCUGUGGUUUAUAGAUAGUCAUGAUUAUAAUACAUUUAUAAUUUCUUAUACUCAUUUAUAAAGCUAUGCUGAAAUUGCCUAACAGUUUUUGCAGAUAUUUGAGGGUCACAUGUGACAGCAUAAGUACCCGUUCACAUGUGAGGAGGUAUUCCCACUUGAACUGUGUAGGAAAGACAUGCCAAGUAGAGGAUUCUCUGGACACGUUGCUCUUGCCGCAGCCCUCAUCAGCUGCGCCUUUGAGACUCUUUGCCAGCUUUAAGAAAAGAUCGCGGAUUAAGAUUCCAUCCUUGAAUUCAAAUGAACCAAAAAAAACAAAACAAAUGAGUGAAUCACUGCAACCCAACCUGAACCAUAUCAGCUAUGGAGGACAAUUUGAAGUUUCUUCAACUGAAGAUGAUAUCGACUGGAGAUCGCAAUGCGGCGGGUCUGGUUCCACUACCAAUGUAAAGGCUGGCAAGGUGCCUCCUAACUUCCGAGUUUGGGAACCAGUUGUAAAAAAAACUGACUCAGGUGAAGGCAACAAUGUGUUCAGGUUCCGAGUGGUUUCGUAUAAUGUGCUGGCUCAGUACCUGCUGGAAUGCCACCCGUACUUGUACACGGACUGCUCGCCACGCAACCUGAAGUGGAACGUCAGGGCAGCGCGUCUCUACGACGAAAUCACCAACUUGGCUCCAGACAUACUAUGCCUCCAAGAGGUUCAGGCCUCACACCUGGACAGUUUCUACUCCAAGUUCGAGGAUAUGGGAUACUUCGGGAUCUUCAAGCAAAAAACUGGACAUAGACAGGAUGGAUGCGCUAUUUAUUUCAAAACGUCGGUCUUUGAAUUGGAAGAUCAUAUCAGCGUGGAGUUCUACCAGCCGGAGCUUCCGAUCCUGAACCGCGAUAACAUCGGGAUCAUGGUGAAGCUCGUGCCUCGCGCGCAGCCGCGAUCACCCAUUGUGGUAGCGACCACGCAUCUGUUGUACAACCCCAAGAGGACCGACGUCAGGCUCGCGCAGAUACAAGUGCUGCUCGCUGAGAUUGACAGAUUCGCGUAUUAUACGACCGCUAGAGAGUCGGGGCACUUGCCUAUUAUUCUGACGGGGGACUUGAAUUCAACUCCUGACAGCGCGGUGAUAAAACUACUUGACAGAGGGCAUGUAAGUGCCAGCCCAUUCCGGGAUAGCUCUGACUGGAAGAGGAUAGGGGUCACCGACAACUGCCAGCAUCUGUCAGUCUACUUGGACCGGCUGGAGGGACGGAACUCGCUCUACAGUACUAUUAAGCCAAAUGACGUCCACUGCUGGACGGAGGCCUCACACAAGGAUUUCCACAAGCAGCGGUACUGCUCUGCCCGCCUCAAGAUAUACAACUCGGACUACUGCGCCGACUUGUCCCAAUGCUCCACGCCCGACCCUCCCGGCAUGGAGUAUAGCGAGCUAUUCAACAGCGGGGACAUCGGGCACUCGCUGCGGCUGAUGUCUACGUACGACAAGAUUAAACCUGAUGGCAGCACUGAGGCGUCCACGCUGCAGGACUACUGGGUCACUGUGGACUACAUUUACUUCAGCUUGUGCAGCCGCUUGAAGCUAGUGGACCGUCUGCGCCUGCCUACCGCAGCGGAGUGCGCCGCGCUAGGCUGCCUGCCAAACGACGUGUUCGGAUCCGACCACCUGGCGCUCGCCGCCGCCUUCGAGCUGCGCCCCUACAAGUCCUCCUUAUGAUGGCGGUGCAGGUGUCCUGAUCCGAGCUAGGCCUCAUGUGAGUUGCAAGGCGACUGACGCACACACCUGUGCAAGACAUACAAGUGCAAAUGCACUCUAACGACAGUACUUUAACUAGUCGGAGACUUAGACAGUCUGAUAUUCUCUCUCUAUUUCUGUGUGCCUACCAUGAGUUUACGUCAGGUGUGCUCGCUAGCGACUGCGUAAAAAAAUGACAUUUAAAUGUAUAACAUAUUGUGCAGCGCCCUAGCGGCUAAUUUCAAGACAUAAAAUCUUCAUAGAAUUUUUUGACGUAUUCGCUAGCGAACUCAUCAUCAUCAUCAUCAUCAUCAUUUCAGCCAC